CAAUAGAGCUGUUGUGCCGUGGUGGUGGACAGAUUGCUGCCCUGGAGAUUCCCACUGUGGUGGGAUACAAAGCCCAACAUUUUCCCUUUACAUACCACCAAAGUCCCCGUUUUUAAAGGUGUGUACUGAAGGUGAUUCCUGGACUGAUUGGUGUCGGGAAUAACGCGGACAGGAGGCAGAAAAUUAAGCUGUGCAGAGUUUUUCAGAGGAAUCCUUUAGCAUGCUCUUCAGCUUGAAAUUUAUGGAUGUUACAGGAUGAAACGUCUCAGGUCCUCGAGCAGCAGCGACAGUUCAGACAAUGAGAGUCCCUCAACCUCCUUCUGCUCCUCCAACAAAUAUGGCGGCAAACCUGAAACCCCCGCCUCCAACCAGAAGAAACCGGCUGAAGUGUUCAGAAAAGACCUGAUCAGUGCCAUGAAGCUGCCUGACUCCCAUCAUGUGUCUCCUGAGGACUACUACCUGCUGGCUGACACCUGGAAGAUGGAGUGGGAAAAGGGGGUCCAGGUGCUGGCUAGUCCCGACACGAUCCCUAAGCCGUCACUCAGGGUUGUUGUAGAGAAAUCCAAGGAGGUGCUCUACAGUCAUCAGAGAAAAUACAUCCAGUGCUCGAGCCAGGAGACGACAGAUCCAGGAUACGUCAACAUCAAGGAGCUGGCCGAGGCCAUGUGUCGCUACGAUCUGGACGACAUGGACCUCUACUGGCUGCAUGCGCUCAACAGAGAGCGACUGUGCAUGGGGGAGGAGCCCAUAGACGAGCUGACGAUGGAGCGCACCAUGGAGGCUCUGGAGAGUCAGUGCCAUGACAACAUGAAUCAUGCCAUCGAGACGGUGGAGGGCCUAGGGAUCGAGUACGACGAGGAUGUCAUCUGCGACGUGUGCCGCUCCCCCGACAGUGAAGAGGGGAACGACAUGGUGUUCUGUGACAAGUGUAACAUCUGUGUGCACCAGGCCUGUUACGGGAUUGUCAAAGUGCCUGUUGGAAACUGGCUGUGCAGGACGUGUGUCCUCGGCAUCGACCCGCAGUGCCUCCUGUGUCCUCAGAAAGGGGGUGCCAUGAAGGCAACACGAGCAGGCACGAAGUGGGCACAUGUGAGCUGUGCACUGUGGAUACCAGAGGUGAGCAUCGCCUGUCCAGAGAGGAUGGAGCCCAUCACCAAAGUGUCCCACAUCCCGCCCAGCCGCUGGUCUCUUAUCUGCAGUCUGUGUAAGCUGAAGACAGGAGCAUGCAUCCAGUGUUCGGUGAAGAAUUGCACCACACCUUUCCAUGUGACCUGCGCCUUCGAGCACAGCCUGGAGAUGAAGACCAUCCUGGACGAGGGCGAUGAAGUGAAGUUCAAGUCUUACUGCCUGAAGCACAGUAAAUCUAAGACUGGGGAGCCUGGCCUGAGUCCAGCUCGCUCUAAACCCCCCGCCGAGUCUGAGAAGGUGGGCCAGCGGGCUCAGAGGCUGCAGGAGCUGGAGGAGGAGUUUCACACUUUGAUCCAGCCGGAGGACCUGGCCCCGGUCCUGGGACUCUCUGAGCGCCUGCUGGACUUCAUCUAUCAGUACUGGAAGCUGAAGAGGAAAGCCAACUUCAACAGAGCUCUGCUGCCCCCUAAAGCCGACGAGGAGAACAUGAUGCUGCAGCCACAGGAGGCCAGCAUCCACACGCGCAUGAGGAUGUUCAUGCACCUGAGGCAGGACCUGGAGAGGGUGAGGAACUUGUGUUACAUGGUGAGUCGGCGUGAGAAGCUGAAGGUGCUGCAGAGUAAAGCUCAGGAGCAGAUGUUCAACCUGCACAUGAAGCUCGUGAACCAGGAGAUCGCUGCAGGCCUUCAGUCGUCUUUCCCAGUGGAGAGUAUGCUGUUUCGUCCUCCUCCCAGGAUCACUCUGAAGCUGAAAAUGCCCAAAUCCUCGGCUCUUGGAAAUGGAAGCUCUAAGUCUGGAAACGGACCUCUCUGCCUGGACAAUAGUUUGAAUGUUACUGAGCACACAGGUGAGGGGCUCGGUCAGGGGAAGCCUCAGCUGCACGGCGGAGGGCGAAGAGAUGACCGUUCAAACGGACGCCUGUCAUCCUCAAGCGGCAUGGCGGCACCUCUUAAACUCUCCGGUAAACCUUUAUCCUUGCAUGCAGCGCUGCACGGCCACUCGUCCAACAGCAACGGCAAACUGGAGCAGGAUCGAGCGUGUGCAGUAAAAGCCAACGGCCUCUUGGAGAAGUUAGUGGCUCAGAAGGACAGCUCCUGCCAGACACCCAGUGACCAGGACGCUUCAAAUCAGGCUUUGGACAAGAGCAGCUUCAGGAAAUCUGCCAUGGAGCACUUCGGCAGAUCCUUCAAAGAGGCGACCAUUAACCUGGUACGGACCACAGAGGACCUGCGGGCCUCUGACAAACUGUCCCGAAAGAGCUCAGCCAAGGAGAGAAUAUGGGCCAAACCUGUUUCUGAACAAAAAGUCAAAGGUAGUAGAUCGUACCAGGACAGUGACGGGUACUGCCCCGACCUGGAGCUCAGCGACUCGGAGCCGGAGAGACACAGAGCUAAAGGGAGACACAGGCGACCGGUCGGGACGCCUCAGCAGGACGCUCCGAGGAAAGGAGUCAGCCGUGGGAAACAGUCGCUGGGAUCCAGACACUCCGUGCAGAGGUGACAGCCUCCGCUCACUGCCGCCGUUUACUCCAAAGUGCCGGGCAGUGUCUCUCCAUCAGGGACCAGACCAAGACGCAGAGCUGAAAAAGAAAGCGUAGCUCUGCUUUAAGAGGAAGAGAUAUGUCUGUUUGUCUGUCUGACUGACUUCUGAGAUUAUCAUUCUUGCCUUUCAUCACAGCCAGCAUCACAUUUUGUACACUACUUUUCUGAAACACUCCUCUCCCCCCUGCACACUGAUUCAAUCUGCCUUUUGACUAAACCUGCUGUACAUAAGAUGUGGGAUGUAAAUAAUGUGUACCCAAGUCACAAAUGUUCCACAUUAUCAACAAAAAGAAAAAUUAAACGAAACCGACAGAUGUGGUGAUUUGUAGCCUCUGCUGCACCCGUUUCCUUCACAUUCUCUGUUGCAGUUAAAACACCUGAUGAACUGAAUUUAUGACAAGUCAUGGAGCUAUUGUUAUGAACGCUAACCACCUUCUGUGUGUAUCAAUCAUAGACUUUAUAUAAGAAGUGGAUGUAGCCAACUAUGUGUAACCAAUUGGUUUGUGUUCUGCUGUAUUUAAGCCUGACGUUGGAUAUAAAGUGAGGAGCAAAGUUAAAAAAAAACAACAAAGGCUUGGCUUUUCAGAAAAUGUGAUUUAGUGAAACUAAUUUUGGCUCCAUCCAUAAAAUCCAAAUCCAUAAACCUGCCCUGCAGCUUACCCUGCUUGAUGGUCUAUUGAACUCCAAACCGGAUCAGAAGUGAACAAAAAUGAACAUCAUGCUGUGUUAAUGAUUUGAAUCACGAUUAAGACCUUCCAUGUAUAUGGAGUAAAAAAAAAAAAUGGGGCACUUUCUGAAGAAUUACAUAUAAUAAUUGCUUUGCUUAACUGAUGUUGCCCCCUGCUGGCCAUCAGAAAGAAUGCAGGAUUGAGGCACUUCCCUUUUUAAACCAAGAUGAUAUGUCCACUUCUUGUAUACAGUCUAUGGUAGGAGAGCUGUUAGAAACUAUUAGAGCUGAGGUUCAGCAGGUUACAGUUUAAUCAUAAUGCUCCGAAGACAAAAUAAAUGUGAGAAGUGUUUCAUUUUCACGUCUUAAAAUGGGAAGCAGUGUGGUUAUAAAAGUCUAAUUACAUUCACCAAGGUGAUCUUUUAGGGUUGAACUCAAUCUUCAGUGCAUAAAAGCACGAGAACAGACUUGUCAUUGGUUGCCUUCAACGGCCUCAGAUCAUCACAUGAUCAGCUUUCAUUUUCACAAACUGAAAACUGACUAGACUUUGUUUUGAUGAUAAAUGUCCUGCAGGCACAACUCAAACACCAGGUCUGGAGACUCUUUUUGAUAAAGAGACCAUUUCAGUUCUUUUACGGAUAUCUUACUUUGCAAAGUCAGGACUAAUCUUAACCUCAAAAAGUUGAAUUGUUUUUGUUUUAUUGUUUACUUAUCUAAAAACUUAUCUAAAAAAUUGUGUUAAAUAUCUAAAACAAAAUAAAAGGAACAAAAUCAGUAUUUAAAUAAAGGUGUUUGAUCUAACACCGACUAAACUGACCGAUCGUUUAAGGACAAGAAGUCUAAAAGUUCUGCCUUAGAUCAAUCGUAGUUUUUCUAGUGUCAGGGGUCUUCCUCUGUGAAAGGGUCCAAAAGAAAGUAUGUCUCUGCACACCACAUCCCCACUGUGCAGCAGUCAUGAAAAACUUUAUAAACUCAUUUUUCUGCCUUUUUUAAUUUCUCUCUCUUGCGGUCUGAAAGUAUCCAACAACCCACCCUGCUGUGACUGAAGUGGAUUGUACACUUCAAGAACAAACUUAAACACUACCACGUUCAUUCACUUCUCUUUGUUUUCAAUCAGACAUUUCAUUGCAGAAGCAUUCUCAUGUUUUUUUUUUAUGUUUCUACUGUGGAAAAUGUUUAAAUAAAGUUUUUAAAUUAAAAA